AUGUCACCAGCAUGGCAGGAACACGGUUAUCCAGGUCAUUCUUCAGACUGGGGAGCCUCUAAGGCAGUAGAUGGGAAGUAUUCUAACCGCUCAGUAUGGGGAAACCAAUGCACAUUAUCGGCAAACGAUCAAGUGAGGGCAAAAUGGUAUGUAGAUCUAGGGAGGAUAGUCAGCAUCAGUCACAUCCACAUCUACUACAGGACUGGUAAUAAACCUAGCCCUGGUGCAUUCUACAGUCGAUUUGCUGGUUUUUUCGUCUACAUUUCAAAUGAUACUUCCAAAGACAACGGUAUUGAAUGUUUUCAUGAAAUACAGAAAAAUAACGGUACACCCACAGAAAACCAAACUAUAAGUUGUCCAUUUGACGGACGUUAUGUGAUAUACUACAACGAGAGGAGAGCUGGCUAUCACUAUCCAGACUACUACUCCGCAUUUGCUUUUAAUGAAUUGUGUGAAUUUGAAGUUUAUGGAUGUCCUAAUUCUACAUACUAUGGAAAAUAUUGCGAACAAUCGUGUUCGGACAGUUGUCUUGGACAGAGGUGUAAUUUCUUAACAGGGAACUGUCUCAUGGGAUGUUCAAGUGGAUAUGAGGGGCCUCAAUGUAGACAGAAAUGUGACGGUGGAAUGUUUGGAGCAACCUGCAGUCAAAAAUGUGGUCAUUGUUAUGGUAAUACACAGUGUCAUCAUAUCAACGGCACAUGUCAAGCAGGAUGUUCUGCCGGAUAUGUUGGAUCUCUUUGCAACAAUAGUAAGAAAAACUAUAUCGUCAACGUCUAA